AUGACAUUCUCUCUUACCAACAAGAACAAGAAGGUGUCAUUUGCCGUCCCGAUAAAGCCAAAAGAACCUGCCCUCACGGAAGACGAACUGCGAAGCAUCUUGCCUGCUUCUUUCCGCAAUGGCUCCGCCUGGAUAGGCCCGCCACACAACCGUGUCCGAUACUUCCUGGCGGACGACCUCAACAUGAGCAAGUUGACCGAAGCCUCGGCCUACUUCUUCGUCCUCGGCAAGGUCAAGUCUCCUCGACCUCUCCACUACCAGCAAGCUCUCGGCCUCGAGAUCCAGGUCAGCGAGCGGCUGGACACGCACCUGCUCUGGGCCAAUGGCAAGAUCUACAUCAAGCCGUUGCCGCGGUACCUCCUCGAGCCCAAGUUUUGGACGGAAUACCUCGACUGCCCCAAGUCGUGCCCGUACGCCACCGACUUUCAUCUUCUCCGAGAGUCGGGCCUCAUGCGGCGCAGCGCCCAGUUCUCCCAGGAGGUGCCCUGCGAGCACAGCAAGCUCUGGAAGUGCGCCAUGGGCUUGGUGUACUCGUACGUCGCCCUCGUCGCGCACGAGAGUGACUUUGCCAUUGCACAGUCGCACAAGCUGGUGCCUGACAGCUUGGAGUUUCACGAGUGGAAGCUGUUUGUCGAUCGGAUGCUCCGCGGCGGCAAGCUCUACGGCCAAAUCGACGAGCGCUUUACCUAUGGCGAGCUGGACCUGGCCCGUCUCAACACUGUCAUGAUGCUUCACCGUCCUCUUCGUUAUCUGUCCCCAUGGGGUGGUGAUGACUCGGAUGGCUUCUUCCCAGGCCACCGAUUCUCGCCGCUGCCGGCACUGUCGACGGCCGUAGCCACCGUCUUGUUCUCUUCGGAGCAGACGAAGCUCGUUAUGCUCAAGUUGAAGCAAAACAAGUCCCUUGUUCUGGUCAUUGUGAUCAGCUGCUUGUGGAUCAUCUUGUACUCUAUCUUAUUCAUGGGCGAAAGAUCUCGAGAAACUCGACUUUAA